AUGGAACACUCCCACGCACCUCGAGGAUCUGUUGUGAUCCUAGGGGCUGGAACACAAGGUAGACGAUUGGCCUAUAUGUGGUCAAGUAAAGGUGGAACUGUCCAUCUUGUAGAUCUGAAAGAAACGCAGCUUCAGGAAGGAUUGGAAUAUGUGCAACAACUUCGCACUGAAACUGCCAAUCACGAGGGGAGCUGGGGCUGUGUCAAAACAUCCACUCCUGAUUCUCUCAAGUCCACGCUGCAAGAUGCAUGGUUGGUGGUUGAGUGUGUGCCAGAAAACCUGGCUCUGAAGAAGAAGGUCAUUGCUCAACUCGAUGAACUUGCUCCUGAGGACACAGUCAUUGCGUCCAAUUCCAGCAGCUACGGGAUCUCAGAGAUCAUAGAAGGGAUGAGCUUGAACAACAGCAAAAGGGUUCUGAGCGCACAUUGCUACUGGCCACCAGAGACAUCAGCGAUUGAAAUCAUGGGCCACAAAGAUACAGACCAAUCACUUAUCACGCUGUUGUUGGAGCAGUCGAAGCUGCAUGGAUUUUCGCCAUUUUACGUCAGAAAAAGCUCUAUCGGCUACCUUUACAACAGGAUCUGGGCAGCCAUCAAAAGAGAAACGCUACUUACCCUUUCCGAAGGCGUCAGCACUCCACAAGAGAUUGACGCCAUUUUCAAGGAUGUCUUAAAGACGCCAAAAGGACCUUGUCAGCUGAUGGAUGUGGUUGGCCUUGAUGUUGUGUUAGAUAUCGAGAAUCAUUAUGCGGAUUCGCGAGCUGGCAUUCCUUCUGAACCCCGAGAGUAUCUUCAGAAGAUGAUCAAGGAUGGCCAUUUGGGGAUCAAAAGUGGCCAAGGGUUCUACAAUUAUGAUGCAACGCAUGAGAACAGUGGUCUUUGA